AUGAAUGCAGUUACUGACCUAGUCAACUUCUGGAAUAUCAAAUGGUCGGAUGUUGAGAGCCGAAUCCAAAAACAUCAAUACAUCGACACAGGUCUUCCAAUCCUGCACGCCAUAGCCAUAAAAGAAUUCGAACUUGCCACGUUAGAUCGAAUCUACAAGCUGAAAGACAGUGAAAUGAUAAAUUUAAUCCGAAAAGAUCCUCCUUACAGCAAAGGUCAAGAACUUCCCCUUGAGCGCCAGCAACUGAUCCGACUGGCUUACGAAAAAGCUGUAGGAGAAAACAACACGAACAUCGAACUUCUUUUCAAAACGGAGUUCAGGAUUCCACUGAUUCCCUACAUGACACCGGAAGCUCGAAGAGAGCAUGCUCUUCAAUGCAGAAACUUUUUUACAAAGUUUCAAAAAUCGAGCAAAAUCAGCAGAAUCUCUCUUAACCCUACUACGACGUCAGUUCUACCAAGUCUCAAGAUGCCGACUGCGACACCACAAGACGUCGAUACAAAAAAAGACCGCGGACCAAGGAACAUCUCGAUUAGCAAAGAAAAACAAAUCACACCUUUACCGCCAGUCUCAGGUUCAACUUCUGACAUCGAAUUCCUGAAAUCUACUUACGACUUCGAAGAGAACAUCAGAAGAAACCUUACGCAGUCAGGGAUAAAUUCAAAGCUACAAUAUACAGCUGAAAAACUAGAAGACGGAAUUAAAUCCAACUUCGACAAGCUUUAUCACUCCCUCUGCGAAGCAAACAACCGUCAACUCCAAAUUUGGACGGCUGUUCUGCAAAUCGAUCCAACUAUUGGUAUGAGAAGCUUAUUAGGUCGACAAGAUAUUUCGGCCAGAGUCGCUGGAAAUGGAAUAUAUUCGGUUAAUCAGUGCCGGAAAAUCCGUCAUAAGAAGAUUUACUAUGAUAGAAAAGUCAACGGAACUUGUUUCACAACAACGCCAAUAACAACAGAAGAUGACGAGAUUCUUUUCAUAGUCCCAGGAACUCAGGAAAUCGCUCACCAUGCUGUCACGAUUCCUUGUGGUUCCGUAACUCCAGAAAUAUGGAAAAACAAUGAGACUUUCUGGACGACAACCGGCCAGGCAAACUUCACGAAUUUGCCACACCUUCCAAGCGGAGGCCCUGCUUCACUUCCAAAGCUUCAUUUCUACGCACCGGAUGUAUACGAAAGCGCCAAAAGUUCUAGCUUUCCUCUCCUGAUGGCUAUUUCUUUUGGGAAAAAUUUAGCUUUCAUUCAACAAAAACAAAGUAGAAUGAUAAAUGUCCUACAUGGAACGGGCCUUCUGAGUACAGAAACCCUGCGAGACCUAGCAGCAGCCGGAGGCUACGUGGUCGACAAAACAACUGGAACAAUCGGCGACGUUUUAGAAGACGUGAAAAAUUGGUAUCUAAUGUAUCUACUCUGGUUUGGCCUACCAGUCUUCUUCCUUCUCUCAAUAGGUGCCUUCGGGUACUUAAUCAUCAAGUUCUGGUGCACAAGCAAACUGCUGUCAAUAAACAACGUCUCACAAAAACUUGAAAUGACAGCACCACCGGAAGCUGAAGCUUCCGAGGAAUUCGAAGAAGACGACCGAACCGAAGAAGUGGAACGGAAAAAAUAUAUCGCGAGGCAAAGAAGACUUUUACCGCCUCUUCUCACAUACAUUCCAAUAAUAAUACCAAUCAUUUCCACCGCAGCAACUCUCGAGAUCAACUCAGUCGGAGAUUUCACUACCUUACCUUAUCUCACUAUCACGUUAAACUCAAGAGGUUCGGUAGCGCUAUGGGACACAGGAGCUUCCGUUUCGUACAUUCCAAAAUCAACGCUUCAGUACACAAACACAAGAAUGAAUCGAGCCUGUCUUCGCCCAGCACAGACAGCAAAUGGAUCUACCUUCCAAUUCCUUGGAAGCGUUCUACUAUCUGUCUCAAUCGGAGGUCAUGAAAUCAAGCACAAAUUCCUCGUCUCUCGAGACGAAGACUGCCCUGCCCCCGCCCUGAUCGGCUACGACUUCAUUGCGGCUCUAGAUGAAAGAAAUAUCUCUACUUCUCUUCACCCAAAAGAAGGAACUCUUGAAAUAGGGUCAACUAAAGUAAAGCUACUGAAAAAAGGAGAAGAAGCUUUUGUAAAAGCGAAUAAGAAGAUCAACGUUCUCGGAGCGGAAACAAAAACAAUCCCUCCAUUUGCAACAAAAACUCUGAAUCUGAAACUUGUCGACGACAACCAAAUUCAUUUUGUCCUGCUGAAACCAACUCCAGGAAGUGCACUAACCUUCCUUGAAACUCUUGUUAGACCCGGCUUAACAUCGAUCCAAGCCACGAACAGGACAAACAAGCCCCUGAAAAUUCAAAAAGGCAUGUUCUUAGGAAAAGCUGACGCCAUCAACACAGUUGACAACUUUCACAACUCAGAUCCACAACAAAAUCUUGAGCCGUACACGCCUCCAGAAGCAGAUUGGGAAGCAAAAUUACCCAAUUCUCCAAAAGAUUUCAUCUCCGAACUGGACCUAAACAAUUGCGACCUAAACGAAAAUCAACAAGAAAUUCUGAAAAAAAUAAUUAUCGACAACAAGGCCGCAUUUUUCAACGAAGACGGACAAAUUGGAAAGUUUAUCGGACCAGUUCAACACAGCAUUCCUAUCAGAACGGAUAUGCCAUUUCCGAAAGCGCGAACCUACAAAAUUCCUUUCGGAAAAAGAGAUGAAGUCGAUCGACAAGUGGAGGAAUUGCUGAAUCAGAAGAUAAUAGAACCGUCACAAUCUCUGUUCACAAGUCCAGUGGUUUUAGUAAGAAAAAAAGACUUAACUUGGAGAUUUACCGUCGACUACCGACAGUUGAAUAACGUCACCAAAAAACAGACCUACCUGAUUCCAACGAUUACGGACAUAAUCGAUCUUGCUGUUGGCGCAAAGUUCUUCACAAACGUCGAUCUGAUCUCAGGAUUUUUUCAAAUAAAUCUACGAGAAGAAGACCGGCCGCUGACUGCGUUCACGACGACUCAUGGCACCUGGCAGUUCACCAGGAUGGCCAUGGGUCUCUGUGGAGCCCCACACACUUUUCAGAGCGCAGUUCGGUACUUACAACAACAAAUGCCACGAGGAAGACUUUUUACAUAUCUCGACGACCUUCUUCUGACUUCGGACUCAGCAGAAGAACAUUUAAAAGAUAUAGAAGCGCUACUGGAAACAACAUCUAAACUCGGCUUCAAGAUUCGUCUGUCCAAAUGUCACUUCGCCUGUCCAAGCGUGACUUUUCUCGGCUUGAUCAUUAGCCGAGACGGAGUUCUACCAAAUCCAAAAAAAGUAGAAGCCUUGGAAAACUUCCCAAAACCGAAAUCACCUACAGCAGUCCGCUCAUUCCUUGGCAUGACGAACUACUUUCGACGAUUCGUUAAAAACUAUGCUCAAAUAGCUUCUCCUUUGUACGAUCUAACCAAAGAAAAAGAAGAAUUCUCUUGGAAAGAAAGCCACGAAAAAGCUUUCCAAGAACUGAAAAACCGUCUAACGACUGCACCUAUCCUGGUCGGACCAAUGCCAUCCCGACCUUACCAAAUCGAAACCGACGCGAGUUGCAUUGCUAUAGGAGCAGUUCUUCUACAAUCAAGAGCAGACGGCGAACCAUUUCAAGCAAUAGCAUAUGCCUCAAGAAAAUUACGCCCUGCGGAAAGGAACUAUCCCGCUAUAGAAGCAGAAGCUCUAGCACUGGUCUUCGCUCUGAGCGAAUUCAGAACUUACGUACUCGGAUCCCGGAUAACUGCAAUAGUAGACCACCGUCCACUUACAUCCCUGAUGACGAGGAGAGAUCUCAUCGGUAGACUUGCGAAAUUCCAAAUUAUACUCGCCGAAUUCGACAUUCAAAUCCUAUACAGGCCGGGAAAACAAAACGUCGUACCAGACGCCCUUUCUCGCUACCUCGAAGAUGAGACUCGCGAACCCAUCCAGAGAAAAGAGAAAGUGGCCAACGUCGAUUUAAACCCGAAAAUACUGGAAAAAUCUGAAACUAUCAGCCUGGAAGAAAUAAGAAACCUUCAGAAAAACUCUCUUUGGAUUCGUCAAGCCAUCGAAGAGAUUACAAAACCAGAGGAAUCUACAACCAGAUCUUCACCGAACCACGAAAGAUACACUGUCCAUGAAGGUCUUUGCGAAACCGCGCUCAGCAUGCCACCCGCCGCUGAUCGUCCUGCCGAAAAGCAAAGAAGUUACCACAAAAAUCAUCAAAGCGUUUCAUGAAGACCCACAGACUGGAGCUCAUCUUGGAGCCAUAAAGACAGGUCAAGCGAUCAAACGCAGGCUCAUAUGGACAGGCCUUGACGGGGACGUCAAAAACUUCGUGAAGGAGUGUCUGAAAUGCAGAAAAAGAAAAACAGAUGCUUCUCAAACCACAAGAGAACCACUCAACAACUUACCUGUCGAAAAUGAACCUGGAAAAAAAGAUGGCACGUCGACAUACUCGGUCCACUGCCAAUCACAGCCAAACAAAAAUCGAUACGUUCUAACAUUGGUUGAUGCCUUCACCAAAUGGUUCAUCACAGUUCCACUGAUCACUCAAGAUUCUUCAUCUGUUAUAAGAGCAAUAGUGGAGAAUCUUAUCACAAAAUUCGGUACACCAGAAUCGCUUAUAACCGAUAAUGGUACAAAUUUUCUCUCCAACCAGUUCACGGAAGCUCUAAAAACACUGGGGAUUCUACACAAGACCAGCGCCCCAUAUCAUAAAAGUAGCAACGGACAAGUCGAGCGUUAUCACCGAUCACUCGAAGAAAGUUUAUCUUCUUUUGUAAACGCUACUCAAUCGGAUUGGGAUGACUACUUGAGUCUCGUUACUUUUGCACUCAAUACAGUAGAGCACUCUACGACAAAGAUAUCUCCCUUUUUUUCGCAACAUUUGGAAGAGAACCGAGAAUUCCAGCCGACGUCACCUGGAAAACUCCAAUGCCAGUGUACCUCGACCUCAGCGACCACACUACUCUAAUAAGAAUCCAACUGCAAGAACUCUGGAAACACAUGAAAAAGGAGAUUACUCAAGGACAAAUACUUCAGAAAAAAGACUACGAAAAAACCCACAGAAUUCGGAAUCGUAAGAUCUGUCCUGGAGAUUCCAUUCUAGUGAAACGCGCCGCUCCAAGAAACAAACUAUCUCCAUUUCUUAGUGGACCCUUCACAGUCACAAAAGUUGACGAAACAAAUGUACACUUCGAUCAAAACGGAAAAAUAAUGAAAACUCACCAGGACGACGCCCGACUCUUCAAAAGAAAAUCUCCCGAAGCGGAAGUACCGCUCGAACUCCCAGAAAAUCACCCACUAAUCGUCGAAGCUGAGAUCAACACGCCGACCGAAGUAAACGACACUCGCCGCCCCACACGUCAACACAGAAUCCCAAUCAGGUUCCGAGCAGCAUAA